AUUCAGAAGUCAGAUUUCUCACAGGAACAGUCACUUCACUAGAAGCAGAAGCACAUUGCAGUUGGCCAUUGUCGGAAGAUUUUUGAGUUUCUUUCUCUUUGGUAGGGAUUUGAGGGUAUCCACGGAAGUACACAUACGCCUGUAUUGGAUAUUUUAUUUUGAGAUUGUUACAAUGUCCAGAGUUGCCAAUCUAUCGAAGCUGCGACAAGAGAGAAUGAGGGAGAUCAACCUGCGGAAUAAAGAGAGAGAGCAUAUGAGGGAACGAGAAAAGGCGGCAAGGGAAAGGGAGGCACGUUACAGCAAUGGUCACCUCUUCGUGUCAUUGACUGUGUCAGGAACCACACUCUGUACAGCAUGCAACAAGAGUAUAACUGCCAAGGAGGCGCUCAGCUGCCCUACUUGCAAUGUUACUAUCCACAACCGCUGUCGAGACACUUUGCCAAACUGUGCCAAAAUGAAACAGAGGCAGCAGAAGAUAGCCCUAAUGCGGAAUAACUCAUCCGUACAGAAUGUCACACUUCGCACAAAGACUCCAGGAAUGCGUGAGCGUCCAAGAUCAGCUAUCAACGCUUCUGACAGCUUCCGACAGUCCCUGCUUGGAUCCCGCCGUGGACGCUCCAGUCUAUCCCUGUCCAAGAGUGUCUCCACCAACAACAUUGCAGGGACCUUGAAUGACGACUCUCCCCUCGGGCUGCGCAGGAUCCUUUCCCAGUCUACAGACUCCCUCAGCUUCAGGACCAGAGCUAUGUCAGUGGAGUCUCUCAAUGAUGACGGAGAUAUCUACUAUACUGCUGUAUUGGAGGAUCUUGAAGUGGAGGGUCAGGACUUUAAAGCUGACUCAUGGAGCAUGGCUGUGGACACCAGCUAUUUGCAGACACACCACAAAAACGUCAUCAAGAGGCAGGAUGUCAUCUAUGAGCUGAUUCAGACAGAGCUACACCACAUGCGAACGCUGCAUAUUAUGGAGAGGGUGUUCCGGCAAGGCAUGCUGGAGGAGCUUCAGCUGGACCUGUGCACCGUGUAUGCCAUGUUCCCCUGCCUGGACCAACUGACCAGGAUACACUCCCAUUUCCUGUCGCAGCUUCUCCUGCGGCGCAACAGCAGCCUGCAAUCUGGAUCCAACCGCAACUUCACAAUUCACCAGCUUGGGGACAUACUACUAGAGCAGUUUUCAGGCCAGUUUGCAGAUGAGAUGCGGAAGACCUACGCUGAGUUCUGUAGCCGCCACUUGAAGGCUGUCAAAUUGUACAAGGAACUGCUGGCCAGAGACAAGAAGUUACAGUUCUUCAUACGGCGAGUGAGUCGUGGACCUCUGCUACGUUGCCAUGGUGUUCAGGAGUGCAUCUUGUUGGUGACUCAGCGGAUCUCCAAGUAUCCUGUCCUGGUUCAGCGCAUUUUGGAUAAUACCACUGAAGAUGAAGAAGAAGCCUCCUCUCUGGCCCAGGCUCUCGUCAUGGUCAGACAACUUCUUAGUUCGAUAGACCAACAGAUGGAGGAUCUGGAGAAAACACAGUGUCUGCAAGAGAUCCAGGCCAAGCUGGACCCACGGGCCGUGACAAAAGUAAGAGAUGGUGGACUUUUCAAAACCGGAGAGUUGUUCCGCCGGAGACUUGUCCACAAUGGGACCCUUUCGUGGAAAAUCCCAGGAUCCCGACUCAAAGAUACCCAGGUCUUAUUGAUGACAGACAUCCUGGUGUUUCUGCAGGAGAAAGACCAGAGAUACAUCUUUCCAUGUCUGGACAAAUCUCCAGUACUUUCCCUUCAGAACCUGAUAGUGAGGGAUAUAGCAAAUCAGGAGCGAGGCAUGUUUCUCAUCAGUGACUCUUCUCCUCCUGAGAUGUAUGAGUUCCAUGCUGCCUCCAAGGAAGACAAGAACGUCUGGAUGCGCCACAUCCAGCGCACCGUCAGCAAGUGCCCGUCACGAGAGGAGUUCCCCCUCAUAGAGACUGAACAGAAAGCCCAUCUUAGGACACUCAAAGCUGACCUGCAGCAAAAGGACAGAGAAAUGCUGGAGCUCCUGCAGGAGAGGGUGACUCUUUUCUGUGAGCUGGCAGAGGUGACAAGUGGUGAGGAGGCCCUUCAACCUCCCAUCACUCGCUACUUUUUCAGGGCAGACACACCUCAAGCGCCCCGUGCUGAGAAACUCCUACUGGAUGCCACAGCUGAGGUUGACAGGUUGAGUGAGCUCCUUCUGGGAUCCCGGGUGGACAUUCCGCUUCCACGCCAUCAGAACCCCACAGAGGUGCAAAAAACCGGUGAUCAGGACCUGUUGAUCAAUGGAGCCAAUGAUUUCUCAGCAUCAAAGAAGAUCUAUCAGAAGCUAGUGAAUCUCAGUGUUUACCUCCAUGCACUCCAGGGUGCUGUCAUAAAACAAGACUCCAUUUUGGAGCUGUUACUGCAGCCACAAAAUUACGCGGCACCAGCUGCAGGAGCACAAUGGCGCUCUGUCUGGCGAGAUGGUGUUAAUCGCGAGGCCAAUGCAGCAUCAAGCAUCGGGGAGCUGGCCCUUUUGCAGAGACAACACACCCUGCUGCAGGAAGAGCUUCUGAGGCUGAGGGAUGCUGAGAGCCGGUUCAAGGAUAGUGAGAAGGCCCGGGCAAAGCUGGAGAGGCAUGUUCGACACAUGAAGGUCUGCAGCGGGGCUGCACCUGCCUCCCAGCAGCUAGGGGAACAGGCUGUUCAAGUCUUAACCGGAGCCGACACCCAGUGGGCCAGCCAUGACCCUUCCCACCAAUCAGACGUCCUCCAAGACUGCAUAGAUUUGGAGGUAGACAUGACGUCCGAUGAUGAUGAUGGGACGGAAUCUGAAAGCUCCAAGGACCUUCAAGAUAUUCCAGAGGAGCUCUGAUUGAGGCCGUGUAUUACAGUGCUAAGGAGCACAGAACCCUCCUUGACUAUGAUUGAGUUGAUUACUACUUUAUGCAUGUCUAUCACUUUGGCAAGUCUUCAUGUUUAUUUAGCUGCUUUGCUUUUCAGGAUAUGCCUUGUGACUUGGUUUAUUCUUCUUAGUUUCACAAAACACGUUUUUUUGAUUAGUCCUUCCAACUCGAUCUCAUCCCUGUGUAGACACGUCAAAAACUAAUUCUUUAAGAAAAUCGAUUUGUCCUAAUGUGUUGCAAUAAUUCAGGAGCCUUAACAUUACAAGGGAUGAGCCCCCCCGAACAGAUUAUUUUAUGAUAAUUUCAUGUCGUCACAGUUCAUAUUAGUUGUCAAAUUUCACAAUGACCUUGAAAUUCUGUCUCUUGUGUUAUCACGUACCGAAUGCAAGAAAAACUACAGAGCAAAAUCACUCUUUCUGAUCGAACCGUCUAUGAACCGUCUGAAACAUGGAUGGUUGCAGAUAUACCUCUGCUGUUCAUUCAUCGAUACCAACAUCCUAAGUAAAAGUAAAUGUCCUAAUACCCACGUACGUUCUCUAUGGUUCAUCUCAAUUACUACGUGAACAUUAACACUGCUGUAGGUUGAGGUUUAUCAGAACACGCUUCAAUACGAAUUCUUUCAAGUAAAAAUGAUCCUAAUGUAUGUUGACAAUGUGAUUAAUGAGUCCAGCAUUUCACAUGCUGUUAUAUCUGCAUCGAUGUCAGUCCUGAAAACUAGACACAGACAUAGCAGAUGAUCCUCCGCCAGGUUCAGUUUAAAUGAGUGUCUAGAGGCAGAAAUAGUGCAGCUUACUGGAACAUAGUUCUGCAAACUCAUAGGGUCUUAACACAUAAAUUGUUUAAAGAGAUAGUCAGUAAUCUGCUUGGUUUAGUUGUUGCAUGUUUUCUAACCUAAUCCUUCCUCUUCUUACUUUUGCAAUAGAAAAUAGCUUUUGGCUUUACUGGUUCUUUAUUCAGUUCCAAAUGUAUUUUUUGCAUGUUAGAACCAGCUGAUUGUAGUGGAGUAGUAUAAAGAAGGAGCAGGUAAACCUAACUCUGACUGACAAAUGGUUUAAUGUUAUAUUCGUAAUAUAGCUUUCCAGUGGAUUUUAAAAGUGAUUUGAGCACCAUUCGUAAAUUUGCAAACGUUUCCACUUUCCACAGUUGACCUAAUUUUACAAUGUUGUACUUUUCUGCUAAAUGCAUUUUAAUCAUCAAUCUCUCAUUUCUCAAUACGAUACACUUUGUUAGUCACACUGCAAGGCCAAACAUAAAACAAGGGCAGUACUUAACUUUUGUAAAACCUUUUCUCAUUUGUGUAAAAUGUAUUAUUACCGGAAAAAAUAAAACCAUGUUAUAAAAAAUGUAUUAGUGUUGAGAUCUAUUUCCCAGUUGGAGAUGAGUAAAAGCAGACUGACAAUGAUGUCGUUGAUAUAUUUCUGUUAAUGAAUUCCCCUCAUAUCUAAUGAUGUACAUGACAGAUAUUACAAUAUUGUUAAUACAUAAUACAUCAAAUUGCAAAAGUGCAGUAGUUACUUCUCGGUUUGGAGCUCUUUGUGUUGUCUCACAGCCCAAAGACAAAGAAAGAUAGGAGAACAGGAGGGUAGAAUACAGGGAGAGGAGGACAGAUGAAAGGAGAAAAGAGGACAAGAGGACAGAAGACACGUCAACAGAAUGCCAAAUGACACGAGAACAAAGGACAAUUGAGCCAAAGAUUACAGACAGGAUCACUGACUAAUACUUCUGGUUAAUUCUAUACAAACUUUUCUUAGAGAUUACAUUUGUUUCCAUUGAAACUUGAAUUACUUCUGGAUGUGACUUUGCUGAUGCAAACAACUAUUGCUGCUCUGAUUCUUAUCCUAUUCAGAAUGUAUUUGUUUCUAUAAUUAUAUUUAUAUGUAUGUUUCUGAAAUCGACCACUUAGUUAUGUCGAAAAAUGAAAUACUGACAAACGUACAAUACACUCCUACAGAAAUCUAUAGCUAAAAGUCACGUAGUUCUCCAACAGAGUUGAAGAAGAGUAGUUUGCUGGUUGCAUCUGUAACUCACCACUAGAUGCCACUAAGUCAUGCACACUGGGCAUGUAAAUACAUGUACAGCACACCAAGAUCACUAACCACAUCAUUCACUUUAGUUGAAAUCAUAUUUCAACAUGGCAAAUAUUGUACUAGUAGGUGUCGUAGAGUAAUAGAAAACCAGCAAACCCAACAGUCAGAUGAUGCAGGCUGCAAAAAUUUAAAACAUUUUCAGAAUAAUAGCAGUGGGAGGUCUUAGGAUGAAAGCAAUGAAUGUUGUACAUGCUGGGUAUAGUGCAUUUCUCUAAAAUGGAUUGUUCCAGACACUGUUCAGAAGAACAAGGUUCUUUAAUUGAAAAGUUCUUUGGAGAAGGGAAAACACAAAAGGAGGGGAUGAAAUGAUUGGCUGCUCAGCUAAAGUAAUCUCAAAGGCUUUAAAAUGGCAACAAAACCAGGAAGACGUGGAAGUAAUCCGAAAACUUCCUUUAGGAUGGAUGAAUAAAUAGACUCGGCCAAUGAUCAGCUCCAAGAGAUCAAAGAAGGUCUAAAGCAAUGUGUGAGUACUGUAACAAUUGUAAUGGUAAAAUAUGUUAUAACAUAAUCUUAUGCUAAAAGAGUGAUUAUUGUCUGUAAUGAAGCAAUGUGAGAAGAAAAGGGAGACCCAAAAGUUGUCUUUUGCAGCUGUGUGAAGGAUGAUAGUCAAACUGGCCUUCACCCGAAUGCUCGAACAAAGGAACCCUGUUACUCCCAUCUUUGCCUUGAUUCGUUUCCUGCUUGAUUUAUAACUUUUCAUUUGUGUUAUCUCACAGGUGGUUUAGAGUUUCAGGCUUCAGUAGCUCUCGUGUCUGCAUACCACUAGAAAUGACCUUCAUGUGUGUGUAUAAGAACUCAGCAUUUUCACUGCUCGGAGACGCCAUCUCCACAGAGCACCGUGAUACGUGCCUGUGUAGUUGACCUCCUGCUUGCAAGCAAUAAAUGGACUUUCUGCAACUUUGA